CCUUGAGAUUCCUUCCCCCCACUCGCUCAACGUCUCCAUCAUUUCCUCCAAGAAUCAAGGAAGCGGCCAACCACCACGACCCAGCACCGGGAGGGAGACCUGCCGCCGCCGGGAAGAGAAGAGAAGAGAAUGCUGGAGGGCAAGGCGGUGGUGGAGGACACGGACAUGCCGGCGCGGAUGCAGGCGGCGGCGACGUCGGCCGCCUCCCGCGCGCUCGACCUCUUCCACGUCGACGACUGCCGCGCCAUCGCCGGCCACAUCAAGACGGAGUUCGACCGGCGGUACGGCAUGGGGUGGCAGUGCGUGGUGGGCGCCAGCUUCGGGUGCUUCUUCACCCACUCCAGCGGCACCUUCAUCUACUUCUCCCUCGAGCGCCUCACCUUCCUCCUCUUCAAGGCCGCCGCCGUCACCGCUGCGACCUCCUGUGCUUCGUCGGGGAUAUCUUAAUCUGCUCUUGUCCAGCUCCAAUCCCGGAGAGUCUCAUUCGUCGGCGGCGAGGGAUUCGGCGUCGAGACGUGGAAGGGCAAGGCCUCGUCCAGAAUCAGAAUCAGAGUUCAUACCUGUAUGCUCUGCUGAACUCAAACCUUCCAGAUUUUGUACAUAGACCAUGCACAGUAAACUGCAGAAUUUUGCCAAUCUCCUUGAUGUUAUCUCUGUUCUAGAUUCUGCCGAUCUCAACUCGUAAAGGUGCCACAUUUCGUUCGUUUGAUCCUAACAUUCAGUUCAGUUUGUUGCGCCCGAAAUUAGGGAAUACAAUAUGUCUGUCCUCGAUCGCGAUUCAAAUCAGCCAAUGUGGUCGCCCCUGUAUUUUUCUAAUAAUCACUAGGUCCGUCGUGUCUGAUGAAUGUUUAAGUUGCCGUCGCAUCCGACUUGAUAUGACCCGCGUCUGAUUCCCCACGUCUGCACGAC